UAAUUUGUUUUCGCGCUAAACCAAUCCCAUCUACCCUCGAAACAAUCUCUCCGUUAUUGCGUAUGCCCGAAAAGCGUCAGAUCGAUUUUCCGGCCGAGCCAAUUUAACGAUUCGAUUAACGACGACACACAGAGAUGGAGAAAGAGAGAGAGAGAAAGACAGGCCUAGUGUACGAGAGCAAAGCUCGUUGAAUUAUCGAGUUCUCUCGACUACCUAUACCAGUGGAAUGCAUCGUAUGGUACCGCUCGUGCAGUCGUGAGGGACGCGAUCGACCUCUUGCGGAGAGUUGCCUUAACCUUUUAGAUUUUUUCUUACUCGUUUCAGCCCGCUGCCUGCCCGGAUGCGACGAGCAGCACGGACACUGCAAUCGACCCGACGAAUGCUUAUGCCACAACGGUUGGAAGGGAGCGUACUGCGACCAGUGCGUGAGAUAUCCAGGCUGCCUUCACGGUAGCUGCCAGAAACCCUGGGAGUGCCUCUGCGACGAAGGCUGGGGCGGUCUGUUCUGUAACCAGGACCUCAACUACUGCACGAAUCACAAGCCUUGCUUGAACGGCGGCACCUGCUUUAACACCUUUAACGGCCAGGGUUUGUACACCUGCUCGUGCGCGCCAGGUUUCAACGGCACUAACUGCGAGAAGCCGCUUUUGGAUUGCGACUCGAACCCCUGCCUGAACGGUGGAUCGUGCACCAUGGACCCGCCCUAUGGGAAUUCUAGCCUCGUCAAAACAUCGGAAUCGUCCUCCUCCUCCUCUUCAUCAUCAUCAUCAUCAUCGUCAUCGUCAUCCGCUUCGUCGUCGUCGUCGUCGUCAUCGUCCACCAGGCAACAUUAUCGCUGCACCUGUCCACCAGGUUGGCGAGGCAGGCACUGCGAGAUCAGCUCGAGAUCCUGUCGAGAUUCUCCCUGCCAUCACGGAGCCAGCUGCGAGGACGAUUCCCUUCACGGCUACGUGUGCCGUUGUCCUCCCGGUUACACGGGGAACGACUGCGAAUCCCAGCUCGACCAGUGCUCCCCGAAUCCGUGCUCGAACGGCGCCACCUGUACCGAUCUGGGGAACAGCUUUCGGUGCUCUUGCCCACCGGGUUUCACCGGUGAACGCUGCGAGACCAACAUCGACGAUUGCCAAGGCGACCCGUGCCUGAACGGCGGAACCUGCGUCGAUCUAGUCAAUCAGUUCCGUUGCCAGUGCGUGCCCGGAUACGUGGGCCGGUUAUGCCAGGACAAGGUGGAUUACUGCCUCACGAAACCGUGCGCGAACGGUGGCCGAUGCAUAUCGGGGACGAACGAUUAUAGGUGCGCGUGCAAGCCUGGAUUCACCGGCAAGGAUUGUAGCGUGGACGUGGACGAGUGUCGAAGCGCGCCCUGCAGGAAUGGCGGCACGUGCCUGAACCGUGUGAACGGGUUCCUCUGCCAGUGCCCCGAGGAUUGGCACGGGGACACUUGCGCGGAGGAAGUAGGAAGCGGAACGAUUGUGCUGCCACCUCCGUCGAACACAGCGACAGCCGCCGUACCGGCCGUUCCGCCGUCCGGUGCUAGCUACUGGUCGGGAAAUCUUUCGAGGCACGUGGCUUCCGCGUCCGCGGAGCCUAGGGACGCCGGCCUCACCACCGAGCACGUGGUGGUCAUAGCCACGUUGUCCACGGCCGUGCCUGCGUUCGUCCUGGUCGCGGCCGUCGCCGUGAUGUGCAUGAAGAGACGGCAGAAGAGGGAACAGGCGAAAGCGGACGAGGAGGCGAGGCUGCAGAACGAGCGGAACGCUGUGCACAGCAGUAUGAGCAAACGAGGCGGUGGCUUGGGCGGUGGUGCGGGAGUCGGGACGGGCGGAAGUCAAGGGGUUGGUAUCGGCAACGUUGGACUUCUGGGCGGCGGCGGGAGUGGAAUGAUCAGCGCCGGAGGCGGGGGCAGCGUGUGCACCCUCGGCACCGGGGAUGCCCACAUGAUCAAGAACACAUGGACGGCGAACAAGAGCGUGAACAACGUCGCGUCCGCCAGACAGGACGACCUCGACUCGUCGUUUCAAACGGACGUCACGCUGGAUAGCUCUUGCUCGGGUUACAAGCCAGAACCGGUGCUGCAGGACGGGCGAACGCGGACAACGAAGCAACUGAACACGGAGGCAGCCGCUCACAGGGCGUCCCACCUCUUCCAGAAGGAGAAGGAUUGUCUGGGCCUUGGUCUCGGCAUAGGCGUCGGUGUCGGCGUGAUCGAGAGUGCCAAGAGGUCGUCGGUGUUCGCCGGUAACGCGACGACGGACAGUUGUUGCGCGGCGGAAGCGGCGUUGCUCAAGAGGCCGACCAACAUCACCGAAGGGGGCAGUGGUCCACCGGGUAGCGGUGGCGGUGGCGGUGCCGAGACCGGGUGCGGGGUAUACGUUAUAGACGAUCAUUAUAGGCACGACACAUCGCUCGCGGCGACGCUCGCGACGGAAGUGUAGUUUUUCUUCCUCUUUACUCCCCCGUGUCCAACUGUUGUUCUACGAUAUAAUAGUAUAGAGAUGAGAGCCAGUCGAUCGAUUAACGUGGACUCUAUGUAUAUAUAUAUGUAUAUGUAUAUACAUAUAUGCAUAUACAUGUAUAUAUAUAUACAUAUAUCCGUAAAAUGAACAUUUAUCUUCCUCGUAAAUGACCGAAAAUGCUGUGCGUGCCCCCGCGUGCGACUCACACGCGACCAAGAAGAAGAAGAACUCUUGUUUUUCUCUCAGCGCGUUACAAUACGUUUGUUUCGUCGUCGCAGCGCACCGUCCUCGACGCAGCGUAACUACCAACCGGCGCGACAGAGAAACACACGCGUUACGAAUCCCUUUGUGCAUAUACGCGCACGUACGUACACGAAUACUACAAUAGUCAUCAACGUGUGGUGCGCGCCGCGCUCGGCUCUCCGUUAUGGGCCAGCGGGUGAACGGGCGUGCGUUUCUUUGCGAUUCCUUUGUUUCUCUCCCUCCCGUUGCGCAGGACGUCGCGCGUGAGAACGUUCCACCGGACUUUGCCACUACGGUGACGACACACAACACGGUGGUAGCGGGAUGCGUUGCUUGCUGCCGUUGUCGCUGUUGUUGCUGUUCCUUGGUGUUCGUAUUGCUGAAGCAGAAGAAGUCGGCUCGCGCGUGCACGUUCUAUUGGACGAUCGCGCGGGACGAUCCUCCGUUGAGGUUGAUGUUGACGAGAAGACAACGGGGAGUGGAGAGGUCCCGAGACUCCUUCCUUGAAAAAAAACAAAAAAAAGAAAGAAAAGAAACGGAAGAUGAUGAAGAUGACGAUGAAGACGAAGAGGAAGAGACUUCAGCGAGGAGUUCGACAGCAGGGGAGCAAAAUGAAAUAUACAUAUAUAUAUGCACACACGUAAAAAAAAAAAAAAUAUAUAUAUAUAUGUAUAUAAUAC